AUGACGGAGUAUCUCAGCAGAAUGAUUGGACCGCGCUAUAAUCUAUAUACACCAUUCUAUUAUAGUAAUAGAAUGAAGUCCCCUAGAGUAUUUAUGAAGAAGGCAUUUAUUUUAGUGUUUAAUGUAUUGUUUAUUACAAUAUGUUUAAAUAUAGCAUAUGAUAAACUCAUAGUGGGAGAAAAAACCGUGAGGUAUGCAGUGGUGAGGUCAUUUCCGCUUAGAACAUAUAGCAGAAUACAAGGUUGGAUGUGUCAAAUAUAUCUGCCGUGGCCUAUUAACAUAGCUGUUUUAAAGGUAUUCUGCAGCACCCUUGGGAUUACUUUGCAGGAUGCAGAAAGAGAGAACCUUUCAGAAUAUUCGUCUGUAAAUGAUCUAUUCACGCGGAAGCUAAAGGCCUCUGCAAGACAAAUAGAGGAAGGCUUGGUUUCUCCGGUGGAUGGGACAGUCGUGUGCUGCGACGAUGCAAGGGCAAGUCUUCGGUAUCCAAUUAAAGGAGUGAACUAUCGUAUUGAGGACCUUCUGGGAGAUGAGGAUGUGUGGAGUAAGAUAGGCAAGGAUAGUAUGCUGAAGCACAUUGUAAUAUAUUUGGCCCCGCAUAACUACCAUAGAAUACACAGCUUCACAGAGUUUGUUGUUAGGGAUGUGAUGCACAUUCCAUCUCUCCUUUUUUCAAUUGGCAAGAAGUCAAUGGAGUACUUUCCUGGGCUGCUGGCAAAAAAUGAAAGAGUUGUAUUUUCUGGCGAGUAUGAGUAUGGGUACUGCGGCAUGGUGGCAGUGGGAAGUGUGGGCGUAGGAAGUAUCAGCACAACCAUUGCAAAUAUAAAAACAAAUAGAGUGAGUGGGCCAUUUUCCAAGACCAAGAAGGAGUUUUCUGGGAGAAAAUUGUAUAAAAAGGGAGAGGAAAUAGGCCACUUCAACUUAGGAUCAACAGUUGUGAUGGUUUUUGAGUGGCCCAAGAGCUUUCCAGAUUACAAAAUAGAAGGCUCUGUGCAGAUGGGACAAACCCUCAUGCUAGAGCCAUUAAAAGACGAACAGUUCUGGAGCUAA